CUGAAACGAAUGAAUUCUUUGUGACCCCAGGCCAGAAUUGAAACUUGAAACACGCAGGUCAGACUUUGUUGAUCGGUAUUAAGCAACCCCAGAUUAAUGUCACUAAGUGAGCACUGUCACUUGCUGCUCGAAGGUGCAAGCUUGCAGCUAGCUAGCCAGCCAUGGUUUUGUUCUUCAAGGUGCUCUUCGGCCCGGCCGCCGUGUUCCUCUCGGCGCUCGUCGUCCUCUCCUGCUUCAAGAGCGUGCCGUACCUGAGCAGGAUGAGCUCCUCCGAGCUCCCCUCCUACAUGUCCUACUUUGAGUCGCCGAUCUCCAAGUGCGACAUCUUCCAGGGGGAGUGGGUGCCCGACGAGAGCUCGCCGCAGUACACCAACCUGACCUGCUCCUACAUCCAGGAGCACCAGAACUGCAUGAUGUAUGGCCGCCCCGACCUGGAGUUCCUCAAGUGGCGGUGGAAGCCGGCCGGCUGCGACCUCCCGCGGUUCGACCCGGACAAGUUCCUCCGGCUCGUCGGCAACAAGACGCUCGCUUUCGUCGGGGACUCGCUGGCGAGGAACCACAUGCAGUCUCUCCUCUGCCUCCUGUCCAAGGUUGCGACGCCGAAGGACGUGUCGGUGACGGGGAAGACGGACCCGGACAAGAUACUGUACUACGAGGGGUACAACUUCACCAUACACAUCUUCUGGUCGCCGUUCCUGGUGAGGACGGAGGAGUCGGCGGAGAGCCCCGGCGUGUUCAAGCUGUACCUCGACGAGCCCGACUGCAAGUGGUUCGCCCGCGUGGCGCGGUUCGACUACGUCAUCUUCUCGGGGGCCAACUGGUUCACGCGGCCGUCCCUGUUCUACGAGAACGGGAGGCUCGUCGGCGGCAGCUACGUGGCGCUCAACAUCACCAGCGACCUGACGCUGCGGCACUCCCACCGGAUGGCGUUCCGGACGGCGCUCCGGGCCAUCAACGACAUCAGGUUCAGGGGGAAGGCGAUCGUGCGGACGCUGUCGCCGAUGUCGCACUUCGAGGGCGGCGCGUGGGACAAGGGCGGCGACUGCCGGCGGACGCGGCCGUACAGGGGGAACGAGACGGCCAUGGGAGGCAUGGACCUGGAAUUCUACACGUCGCAGGUGGAGGAGUUCAGGGAGGCGCAGAGGGAGGCGGCGGCGAACGGGGUGGACAUGGUGCUCAUGGACCCCACCGCCGCGAUGCUGCUCCGGCCGGACGGCCACCCGAGCCGGUACGGCCACUGGCCGGACGAGAAGCGGGUGCUGUACAAUGACUGCAUCCACUGGUGCCUGCCGGGGCCGGUCGAUGCCUGGAACGACAUGCUGCUCCACAUGCUCUCAGAUUGAUCGAUCUCAUUAGUAGUCUUUUUGAAAGAAAAAGAUUUGUCCUAAGUAGUAACACACACAAGUUAAUUGGUGGUCAUGUGGUUCAAUUGGUGUAGUUUAGUUUUUUUUGCCUCGAGAUAUACAAAGUGUCCUUUGGUCAUGUACGAUUGAGCCAAGGCUCCCUGGGACUAAAUUCGUCCAUAUUAUGCAGAAGCAUCUCAUGAAAUUAAGCUGUGGCGCUUGUACCAACUUGAAACGCCCUAACCAAAGAUUCGUGUGCCUA